AUCCGCACAAGCAGUAGACCCACUGGAAACGAUACUAGAGUGCUGAGCGAAGCGCGCCAGUACCCAAAAUACCAUGCGACUGGAUAGUCAUGGGUGCGCAGCCUGACAAUGUAUUGGGGUGCGCUGCCUGCAGGGGCAGUGCCGCACAGCCUGCGCUUGGUGAAGUACAGUGAAUCCAAGUUACAUGUGACCCUGCGCUGCCUCUCUCUCCCAGCUACUUGAGCAUUUGCCCGAAGCGGCGUACUUGAUAGGUGUGGCCAAGCAUCGUCGUCGCAGCGCCCUUCCCUUUCGCAGAACUUGGGGACGUUAUGUACAGGCUCCUGUGACGAACCACGACGCUACUAAAGGUGCUGCUACGCCCAGCAUGACGGACUUCGAGAAGAGCGUCAAGACUGCGCAGGACUCACCUCCGCCAUACUCUUCCACUACGUCGGAAGGCGUCUCCAACCAACACGCCGCGCCUGGGUUGACUUUCGAUGCGAUCCAACAGCAUAUCGUCGCUGAAAAGCACAGUAACUAUCUUUGGUCAAACGAUGAUCGCUCAUGGACCGUGACUCUUGACGCCGAUGGCGUGGAGAAGGCGUACACGAUCAGCGCAAUCGAGAUGGAGGCCUUCACGUCUAUAACGAUGUCGAACGGGACCCGCCACGACAUUGCAGUGGCCGAGUUUGCCCACAAAGACACUGACUUCGCUGUCAAAUUCGAGGUGGACGAGCGACUCGCUCCACAACCUGGUAGCUGGAUCAGCAUCUCCUGCGAGCAUAGUGGCGACCUCUUCACGCCCGAGUCAUUUCAUUGGCAACACAAAAACCGCCGCUUAGCCUGGAAGCGAACACGCGACCCCUCGCUGGGCGCCUCCUGGUUUGGUGGCGAAGACUACAAGCUCGAAGACGAGUCACGCAUCGGGCAACCUGCUCCAUCACGUUCACGAUCUCACAGGAUUGCUCGACGAAACAUGGGUGAGCGUUACGUUAUCGCAAGUGGCGAUGCCUUGGCCGUCUGUUUGCACUAUAAACACAUAAAGACGUUCUCCGAUCAGGCUGGCACGAGUCAUCGCCUGCGAUUUCACAUCGACUGGCCUGAAGAAUUUGGCGUGGAUGUCGAAGCUGGUGCCAUUCUCGUGCUGAUUGCAAGCUUUUUCAGGUCGCAGCGAAAGCGCUAUGAGAAGUCCCGACCGCGCGUGAAAGAGGGUUUAGAGGAGUCUGAUUUACGAUAAGCUCUACCAAUCAAGCUGUACGUAUAAAUACGACUACGUAGAGAUUGCUUAUGACG